AUGGCUUCAUCACAAUCAUCAACAAUAUCGAGUGGUCGUUUAAGUCAACUAAAUGAGACUGCAAAUCCACAUUAUGCAUGUUAUUGGUUAGAUUCCUGUGGUGGUCAUCAUGAAUUGAACCAAUGUUCUCGUUGGCGCGCCGAAUUACGUGGUAAAUUGGGUAUUUAUUAUUCACAAAAUGGUAAGUAUACAACGUUUGAUUAUGAUCACAGAAGUGGUGUCAAUCUGAAACAUAAUCGAACCGGAUGUACAACAAUGCAUCUAUUGAUUUAUACUAUCAGAUCAAAUGAUGAAACAGAGAUAUUAUUUGGAUUGAGCAAUCGUAGAAACAAGCAUAGUGAAGCUAAUCGACGUAGUUUACUGUCAUUUCCAACUUCAAAACCACGAAAACAUAAUGAAGACGGUGAACAAAUAGCACGACGUGCAUUUAAAUGGAUUGCAGAUCAAAUAGAUAUUCCUGAAAACGGAUUAAAACCACGUUUUCUUUUCCAAAAUGCAAACGUUGUCUAUCCUUUACAUUUAAAUAAUGAACAAGCAGAUAUUUUCACAGAAAAUUUUACUCCGAAUGAAGAACUGCUGUCAUUACAUUGGGUUUCUUUGAGGCUUGUUCUUGAACGACUCCCCGAGUGGACAAAUUAUUUAACUAGUGAGGCAACAGCAAAUGAAUUAGCACAACAGAGGGAUAUCAAUCCCAUUGGAAUUCAUUUAGGUGAACAUGAAUUGUGGUCAGUGACAACAACAUGCCUGAUGUGUAUUCGAGAACAUGUACCUGGCGGAUUCGAGACAUUUUUACAAGUGUAA